UUAAUUUUAAAUUUUUUUUAUUUUUUAUUUAAAUAAUGAUUUAUUAUGUAUAUAAAUAACAAUGACAUAAGAGUAUUUUGCCACUUAAUGAAGAAUGUAUUUUUGAAAAUGUCUAUUUAGUGGUGAUAAAAAUGAAAAGUGGUACCAUGAAAAUGGUAAACAUGUAAUUUUUUUUUAUUAGAGUUUUGGAUUAGAGCAUUAAAUUAAUAUAUCAAUACUAAUAAUUGUUUGCAAUUAGUUAUUAAAAACGUCAAUAGAAACGUCUCCAUUAUAAUCUCCAGAGUGGUUGGCCCGUCCUAUGGUGAAAACUUUGUAUCAAAUUUUUUUUAAUGGUUUUAUAUAAAUUUAUGAAGCAAUUUAAAAUUGUUAUAGAAAAUGGUAUUACAUACAAACAAAUAAUGAAUAUAAUUCCGAGAUUAUAUUGUUAUUUUUAAUAAAUAUGUUUGGUUUGAAUUAAAAUUCAAAGAUUUUAAUAGGUAAAAGUGAAGAUACGUCCUUUGUGAGAGAGUUUUUGAUUGGAGAAUUUGUCUUUGAUUCUGGACUUUUGUGAUUCACAUGUGUGUUUUCCAACUGAUUUGUAUACAGAGCACUUAUGAUGUUUGUCAACAUUAUGUAAAAUGAGUUAUUUAUUCAUCUAUAUUUCUCUAAGUAAUAAUUUAGAUUUUUUAAUAUUAUUUAAGCAUAAGAACUUAUUUCUAAAUCAGUCUAGACUGUUUUCAAAAAAAAAAAAUCAGUCUAGUCUAAUAAUGUAUUGUAUUCAAUAUAUACAGUAGUAGUAUUCUUUAAGGUGGAGGCUGAGUGGAUUCUUGAGACAUAGCAAAGGGUUACGGGAUGUGGGUUGAGUGAUUUUCUAGGUCUUUAGUGACACUUAGGAGUUGGACCAGCCCGUGACAAAACUGUGGGCUGAGUGAGUUUAUAGGUUUUUAGUGAUACUCAGGAGUUGGACCAGCCCGUGACAAAACUCUGUUCCCAUUUAUUUGGUGAGGCCCAAUCCGAUAGUGACAUGGCUGAAUGAUUGGUGAGGAUUUUUUUUGCCUAUGUGGCAGUGUUUAGGGAGCUUUAAUUUAGCCCCUUUUAUAUAGUAGGAUAAUAAUUAAUAAAAGUGAAUCGGGACCGUUUAAAGGAUUCAUUAUAAAGAAAAAAACGCUCUCUCUCUGCUUGAAGACAACCCUAACUUCGGUGGUUCUCUUCUGUUUCAAGGCGUGCUCGGUGCCCUGAAGCCGUCGUGUGUCAGGUUUUUGUUCUCCGGUCUCAGUGCGUGUAGGUGAGAGGUCUUCAGGUGUUGGUUGCGUCUAUGCAUCUGACGUUUCUAGGCUUUAAGUCUGCUCUCCCUUUCGUUUACUCAUUCCUCGUCCUCUCUGUUCUUCUCGACUCAAAGAGGCAGUAGCUCCUCUGUUUUGGGUCUCGUUACCUGCUCUCCGCCGCUGCUGGUUUAUGUUCUCUCGGCGACAGGUUAUGCUUUCCGUUGACAGCUCGUGGUCAAGUUGCUCCAUCCCAGUGUCGUCUUAGUUUCCGCUUGGUUCUUGGCGCCAGGAGCAAUUUGCUUUCUUCUUUGCAGGUAACUAUUGGUUCCGUUUGGUUGCUAUCACUUUGCCCACUUUUUGCUGCGGGAACUGGAGACGGGAACUCUCUCCUUCACUGAUGGUGGGAGCCUAUCCAGGAAUGAACUCCACCCUUCAUUUGUGGUCUGCGUAUUGGGGGGUUUCAAGGUUUAAGUGUUUGGAGUUGGGCUCGGUUGAUCGCCUUUAACGACUUCGCUGGAAUGGCCUUGGUCUUGGCCUGUGCUCUUCUCUUGCCACCAAUUCAGUAUGUGCUCUUCUCAUGCCGCUGUGAGUCUGUGACAGCCAAGGCCGGGGAAAGCUUUGUUUGUAAGGGUUAUCAGUUGUUGUCGGCUCCUCUCUCUAUCGUUGGUGACUGGUCUUCAUGGGAUUGUUUUCUUGUUGUCUACCAUUACCAGUGAUAGAAAACACUAAGAGCUUGGGUUUAGUAAUUCUUUCGGGUGGGAAUUGUUGUUUCAAUUUGAGUUUUUGUGCUCUAGUUUCUUGUAUUUUCUUUUGUUUUCUUGCUUGUAUGUUGUAUUUCAAUUCAAUUUACGAAAACCCUUUUUUAAAAAAAAAAGAAGAAUCGGGACCGUUUAGUUUAUAAGGCCAUGAUUAUUGGGGUUUGUUAAUGGGGUUUCUUUACCAAAACUAGUGUGUGGACCCCCACCAAAUUUAUAAAAUCGGUAACAGAAAGUAUGAGAUAAGGAUCUGCUUUGGUGGGAUUUCUGCAUUGUUUGCGGGCCCCACCGACACGUGGCGGUCCGCGAUUGGUGCAAUUUUAAUUUUUUUUUUAAUAAUCAGAAGCAAAAGCAAAAAAAAUUAAAGAAAUCCUUAAGGGUUAUAGGGUUAAUGAUGCUCUAAGAGCAUCUGCUUUGGAGUAUCAAGAGUGGGGGUUCACACAAUUCCCCAAAAAAAAUAAUAAUAUAAAAAGCCCUUUAUUAUGAAUCUGUAUCACAAAAACUCCCCACUAUGAACCCGUAUCAACACUGUUCCACGGGCUCUACGCCACAUGACGGCCCGCAAAUGGUUCGGCUACUAACUUUUUUUUUAAAGUCAAACGAAAAAAAAUUAAAAUAAUCAAAAGUGCAUAUUGGGAAUCGAGACUGGUGGAGUUUGCUGAUGGGGGUGCUCUAAGAAAGAAAAAGGUUGAAAUAGUCAUUUGAUAAAUUUACCCUUUUCUAUCGAAAUAAAAAGUAAUUAGAUAAAGAGAAAUGAGAAAUUCCUUAAAAUAACCAUUUUCACUUUAUGAGGUGAUGUUUUGGUGAUAUGGUUUCAAAUUUUAAAAAAUAAAAAAUAAAUAUUAAAAAUAUUAAAAGAAAAUAUGAUAUUUUGGUCAUUUUUUUUCUUGAGUGAUAUUUUUGUGAUAAAAACUUUAAAAAAAGUUAUUUAGGACAAUUGCCCUAAAGAGAUUGAUAUAAUACAUAUCCGACUUACUGACCAAAAAGUCAAGCGAAUACAUUUAGAACAUCUUUAUCGCUCACUUUUGAGCGUCUCUUAGAGAGUAGGGCCCACAGUUCAGAAGAAAACAGUAUGUUAUGUGUGCAAAAUAAGAAACGUGUGUUGUGUGUUUUUUGCACUGUUCGCGGACCUCACCGACACGUGGCGGCCCGUGAUUGAUAUACUUUUUAAUUUUUUUUUAAAUCAGAAAAAAUAAAAAAUAAAUAAGAAACCCUUAAUGGGGUUUAGGGAUAAAGAUGCUAUUAUGUAUGAAAACAAAAUUCUAAACGUUUUCUAUUUAAUAUAGGAAAACAAAAUUCUAAACGUGUUUAGGAUUUCUAUUUAAUAUAGGAGAUAUUAGCAGGCUAUAUAUACAUGUAUAUGCCAUAAACACAUGAUUUCAUCCGUAUUCAAUUGAGAAAAACAUAAGGGGUUAUUCAAAAGAAUAAUAUCUAGCUAAUUGCAUACUCUAAUACAUUAAUAUGGAACUACCAAAGGAGUCAAUCCUGUCUGCUCCGCCGCAACCAUCUCGGACGUCGUUUUCAUCACUACCAGAGGACAUCGUUUUGAGUAUAUUGGCUCGCAUAUCGACAUCGCAUUACCCUAAACUCUCUUCUGUCAGCAAGAGCUUCCACGACCUCAAGCAUGCGCGAUCCCGCCAUGAAACAAGAGAAAAUCGUGUUUUUGUCUGCCUACAAUCGCACAUCCAUCCGUGUAACCACAGAUGGUUCAGUCUGUGGAUAAAACCUGAUGAUCAUCAAACCCUAACGCAUCCGUGUAACGAUAGAUGGGUCGGUUUCUGGAUAGACCCUGACCAGCAUCAAACCCUAGCAUGUUGCGUGAGCGAAGACAAAACUACCAGAAAUUUGCUGGUACCAGUUCCGUCUUCUUAUUCUACCUACUUACCAAAGCUCUAUGAAAUGGCUGGUUCAGAUAUAUAUGCAAUAGGUGGCGGACUAAAUCCAUCGUCCUCUACCACAGUGCGGGUCUGUAAGGAGAUAGGUAAAUGGCGUGAAUCCCCUAGCAUGAUGGUUGCUCGUAAGAAUGCCUUUACAUGCUCCGUCAAUGGGAAAAUAUAUGUAAUUGGAGGAUGUGAAUCAGGUGAAUCUGAGUGUUGGGCUGAGGUUUUCGACCCAAAGACUCAAACAUGGGAACCUUUACCGGAUCCUGGCACUAGGCUCCGGUUCUCUUCCAUUAAAAAUCUCGACCUCCACUCAGAUAGAAUUUACUUGAGGACCAAUGAAAAGAACUUUGCUUACCUUAUAGAAGAAAAUAGGUGGGAAGUUGUUGAUGAAAACAUUGGGGAGAGUGAAUGUAAGGUAGAGAAUACUUGGUACAGUUAUGCUGAUGAUGGCUUACACUGGUGGCAUGACACAAAGUAUUGUCAAGAAUGGAGAUUGGUCAAAGGUUUGACGGAGCUUGAUGUGCAUUUUAGAAGAGGAUAUGGAAUGGAAAUAGUUAGUUAUGGUAGAAAACUCGUUAUCUUUUGGGUUGGUUUGACAGAAAUGUUAGAUGAUUUUCCUCUUAGCCUACCACCAUCUGAAGUUUCUGAAAUUUGGUGUGCUGUGGUUUUGCUUGAAAGACGUCAUGAUGAUGAAAUUUGGGGUCAGAUUGAAUGGGUUGAUCUUGUGCUUAGAGUCCCUUGGUCACAAACACUUUUGCGCUGUGUGGAGCUAAUUCAAUGAUCGACAAUAUGCUUUUGCUUAGGGGCUCUUAUUAAUUAAAAGAUAUGCUGGUUUUUUUUUUGUUUUUGUUCUCUUUUUAACUUAGAUUUGUUUUACAACAGUUCAUGUACUGUUUUUUCUUUUUUUUUUUCUUUUUGUGGUCAGGAUCUCUUUUACAACAGUUCAUGUACAUACAUAUAUUGAACUUAAAAUAUACCAAUGGAAUGUAUAAAUGUUAUUCGGACAAGUCAUAAAUACAUGAACCAUAUCAAAUAGUUUCUCAGAAAAAGAAAAAAAAAGACAGAACCAUAUCAAAUAAGUUUGGUACGAGCAGGAAAAUUCGGAUACCGGCAAGAACACAGGUUUGGGUCCGGCCGGUUCUAUUGGACAAACUAUUAAAAUUAAUUCAAUUAUUAAUUUACUCGUGAUUUGAGAAAACAAGAAUCUCAUCUAUACUAUUAUUUGCGAAAUAAAUUUUGACAACGAAGCUUUUACAUUAAAAGUUAGCAAGGUUAAUAACGUUUAUACCCCUAAUGAAUAAAUUAAAUAAAUUAGAUAAAAUAAAAAACGAAUUUAGUGUUUAUUUGAUUAGAUAAGUGCUUACGAUUAAUAAAAAUAAAAAUUAUCUAUAAUUUAAAAAUAUAUUUAAAAUAAGAAGAUAAUUCCUAUAUAUAUUGUGUUGUUAUCCUUUUUUGGAACAAUAUUGUGCUGUUAUGCAAACAUAUAUAUUUUAAUAAAAUAGUUAAAAGUUUAAAAACAAAAAAUACAUAACUAAAAAUUAAGUAAAAUUAUUAAAUCUAUAUAAUUGAAAGAGAAUAUCAAGUGAUUUCUAGGAUUUAUAUAUUAUUUAUUAAUAAUGAAUAUAGUGCCCAAAGAAAUUUUAAAAAUUUCUAAUACAUAAGAAUUUUCAUUGAAAACAUAAAUAAUAAUUUAAAAUUAUUUUUCAAUUAGUAAUACAUGUAUUAAUAAUAAGUAGUUAUAAAAAAUUUAUGCCCGCACGUGCGGACGAAACACCUAGUUCUUAAUUAAAACGACAGUAAUUAACUUAGUCAAACUUUCUAAAAACUCUAUAUGGACCAAAUAGUUAUUAGUUAGAGUUUUAAAAGUACAUAUAUUUUGAAUGGAUUUUUUUUUUUUUGCUUUUCAAAAAAAAAUUGUCUUUUGUCCACCAACUUAUUAUAUAAUCGAUUUGAGAAUUAUCAAGAGGGUUAAAUAGUUAAGGUCUUAAAAGUUCCGGGUCAAAUCCAUACCGUUUUGAAGACCUAAUGCUAAAUCGUGGGGAUUCAGAUGACGGAUAAAGCCUUUUGUAGUUAGAAACCAGAUUGACAAAGCUUCCUAUGUAAUUCAGGAUUUUGAUAGUGUGGAAGAGAAGGUAAAGAUGAUGAUGAUGACAAAGCCAAGGCAUACUGUGAACUCUCAGUCUCCAUCAUAAAUGUAGACUAUGUAGUCAGACUAAUUAGGGUUCUUGUACUCUCUAAAUUUUCAUUCUAGGCUGAGACUUGCAAAGGAUAGGAUAAGCAGAAACCUUGUCUCCCACGGAAAAGGAAAUACAAACCUGGUUGAUGUUGCUUCAACGUUGGGCCUUAAUGGGCCUUAUCAUAAGUAUUAAUGUAUGAUUAUAUGAUUUGGUUCUUCAAGGUCACCCAAAAGAUAAGUGGAUUUUAUAUGAGCUCCAAUAUUCCAAAAUUAUUUAUUUCCCCCUUCAAUAUUCUAAAUUCAUUUUCAAUUUAUCCAGAUUUUCAACAAUCGAAUUACAUUACAGUAGAAACUCCAUAAAUUAAUAAUCGAUAAACUAAUAAAUAUAAUAUAAUAAUAAAUUUCAGCGGUCCAAGUUAGACCAAUGUAAAAUUUGACAAAAUAAUAAGAUAAUUUUUGUUUUAAAAGAAACUUAGAUAAAUAUAUGAUUCCAAUAUAAACAUAAAUUUAUUAUUAUUAUAUAUAAAUUUUAUGUAAAUAU